AUGGAUCCGAAACCUUCAAAAUCGAGCGUAAAAUCGUCUCAUGGAGCAAAAGCAUCUUAUAUUCGUCAACCACGACAACGUAUCACACAAAAUUACCUUCUCCUAUGGGUAGAUGCCAGCAUAGAUGUAACAAACAAGGACUGUCAAAAUACACUGGCUCAAUUGAAGAACGUGGUCAACGAUGUCAACUUAUGCACUGAGCCGAAUCAAUGCAUCCAAACACUCAACAAGUGUGACAAGGAACGAGCCUUUGUCAUAACAUCAGGCUCAUUAGGACAACAUUUGGUUCCUGAAAUUCAUGGCAUGCCACAGCUAGAUGCCAUUUACAUCUUCUGUGGCAAUAAAUCCAGACAUCAAGGAUGGACACCAAACUGGAAAAAAGUUAAAGGUGUUCAUACAAAUAUCAAAGAAAUUUGUCAAGCAUUACAAUCGGCUGUUAAGCAAUUCGACAAGGACACAAUAGCUGUAAGUUUUGUUACGAUAAAUGAAAUGGCUUCAACCGAUAAGCUAAAUCGGUUGGAGCCGACUUUUAUGUAUACUCAGCUAUUCAAGGAAGUUCUCCUUGAUAUUAAAUAUGAUCGUACGGCGAUCAAGGACUUAACAGCUUGUUGCCGCGAAGAUUUUAGUGGCAAUUCAAGCGAAUUGCAAGUGAUUAAUGAAUUCGAACGUGACUACCAUUCACAAAAAGCAAUAUGGUGGUAUACACGUGAGUGUUUUACCUACAAAAUACUCAAUCAAGCGCUUCAAACAUUAAACGCCGGUAUAAUCAUUAAUAUGGGCUUCUUCCUACGUGAUGUACAUCGACAAAUUCAACAGCUGCAUGAACAACAAGUCAGUAGUUAUGGAAGAAACCCUUUUUUUGUUUAUCGAGGACAAGGUCUUAUGAAAUCAGACUUUGAAAAACUUCAGAAAGCAAAAGGUGGCCUCAUUUCAUUUAACAACUUCUUGUCCACCAGUACGGAUAAAGAAGUGUCCCUCGGUUUUGCUCGAGAUGCUUCAACAGAACCAAACAAGGUGGGCAUUUUUUUUAUAAUGUCCAUUAAUCCUUGCUUGAGAUUAACACCAUUUGCUUACAUUAAAGAGAAGAGUUAUUUUAAGAAAGAAAACGAAAUUCUCUUCUCGAUGCACACUGUGUUUCGGGUGAAUGCAAUUAAACAAAUGGACAAUACGAAUCAACUUUAUCAAGUUGAAUUACAGUUAACAUCAGAUGAUGAUCCACAACUACGAUUACUUACUAAUCGAAUACGAGAAGACGCUGAAGGUACUGGAUGGAAAAGAUUGGGUAACUUAUUGCUUACAAUUGGUCAAUUUGAUAGAGCUGAAGAACUUUAUAAUGUAUUACUCGAACAGACAUCUGAUGAGAGUGAAAAAGCGCAUUAUUAUAAUCAGCUGGGAUGGGUCAAAGAUGAUCAGGGUGAUUAUGAAAAGGCUAUUUGGUAUUAUGAAAAAGCACUUGAAAUUCGAGAAAAAACUCUUGCUUCUAAUCAUCCAUUAUUGGCUACUCCAUACAGCAACAUCGGUAGUGUGUAUAAGAGAAUGGGAGAGUACUCGAAAGCACUUUCAUUUUAUGAAAAAACACUUGAAAUCCGAGAAAAAACUUUUCCUUCGAAUCAUUCAUUAUUGGCUACUUCAUACGGGAACAUCGGUUCGGUGUAUGACGAGAUGGGAGAGUACUCGAAAGCACUUUCAUUCCACCAAAAGGCAUUUGAAAUUCGAGAAAAAACUCUUCCUUCUAAUCAUCCUGAACUCGCUACUUCAUACAACAACAUCGGUUUGGUAUAUUCCAAGAUGGGAGAGUACUCGAAAGCACUUUCAUCACACGAAAAAGCACUUGAAAUUCGAGAAAAAACUCUUCCUUCAAAUCAUCCAUUAUUUGCUACUUCAUACAGCAACAUCGGUAGUGUGUAUGACAAGAUGGGAGAGUACUCGAAAGCACUUUCAUCACACGAAAAAGCACUUGAAGUUCUGCAAAAAACUCUUCCUUCAAAUCAUCCUGAUUUAGCUAGUUCAUACAACAACAUCGGUAGUGUGCAUGUCUACAUGGGAGAGUACUCGAAAGCACUUUCAUAUUUCGAAAAAGCACUUAAAAUUCGAGAAAAAACUCUUCCUUCAAAUCAUCCUUCAUUAGCUACUUCAUACUGGUGCAUUGGUAGUGUGUAUCAUAAUAUGAAAGACUAUUCGAAAGCACUAUCAUACUAUGAAAUUGCUCUGGACAUAUACCAGCGUGCAUUACCUCCAACUCAUCCUGAUAUUAUGGGUACGAAAAGGAGUAUUGAAAUGGUCAAAAAGAAUUUAUAA